GCAUCUCCCUCUCGGCCUGGUUCCCCCUUGCAUACAACUAGCACUCUAAGAUGGCGCCCCCGCAACUCGUCCAGCUCUACAAGGAGCUCCAACAAACAUUCAUCUCGGGCAACCUGCCGCAGACUGGCGUACUGCUCACCAGGCUGAAGAUCGCUUUGACGGAAGCAGGCCUUCUUGUACCCGUCGGCAACCCCAGUGCUCAGGACCUUGUCAUUGCCCGUGAUAUCCUUGAAGUCGGCGCGUUCUGGAGUAUACGGACAAAGGACAUCCCCUCCUUCGACCGCUACUUCUCGCAACUCCAGACCUUCUACAACGACUUCAUCUCCGUACUCCCCCCAUCACCGCGCGAAUACCCCCUGCGCGGGCUGAACCUCAUCCGCCUCCUCACGCAGAACCGCAUCGCCGACUUCCACACCACGCUCGAGUCCCUCCCCCUCCGCGCGGACGCGCUCACCGCCAACCCGUACAUUGCGCACCCGAUCAACCUCGAGCAGUGGCUCAUGGAGGGCAGCUACAGCAAGGUCUGGAAUGCGCGAGAAGAGGCGCCCGCGGAGGAGUACAAGUUCUUCGUGGACAGCUUGAUGGGUACCAUCAGAAACGAGAUCGCUAGCUGUGAGGAGGCGGCGUAUGAUAGUCUACCAUUGAAGGACGCUGCGACUCUGCUUUUCUUCAAGACACAUGCGGAGCUGGUUACCUUCGCGCAACAGCGAGGGUGGCAAGUAGAUCUGACCGCAGGGAAGAUCACCUUCUCCAAGAAGACCGAGGAGAAGGUUGAGAUUCCAAAGGAGAAACUGAUUCUGGCGAACCUGCAGUAUGCACGCGAGCUGGAGCAGAUUGUGUAGUUUACCGUCCCUGCCUUCCUCUGUAUUUCUGGUUGUCUCCCACCGGCGUCUCUGGUCAAGUCCCC